ACAGCAGUCACUGCCUGUCAGUUGCGCGAAGCGGUAUAACCGCUAUUCCCCACUUGGCGGUGUAACGAGAUUUUUAAGUUCGAACAAAAAAGAAAUAAAUAAUUUGAAAACACAAAAAGCCAUUGAGAUUUAUGCUUACAUGAAACAAGCAUAUAAAGAGAGUGCCGCCCACUUCUUGUCUUUUCUUUGUGGGGCGAACAAAGCCGCGUAACGGUAAACGGGCAACGGGAAUCGGGAGUCUGUAUCGGGAAUAUACUAAAAAACCGAAGAACAAGAAAAGUGAUUCCUUUGUGCAGGCAUUGCGUGUUAGUUAAUUGUGUUUCUGUGGCCCAGUGGCUAAUAUUAUGCAUUUGAUAUAGAAUUUACAAUUUAAAUUCAAUCCAGCCCAACCCAAUUCAAGGCCCCCUGCUCCUGUUUCCCACCAUUCGUAUGCGUCAUAUGUAAAAGAGCGGAAAAAGGGCGAAAAGGAGAGAGCCACCGAAAGAAGUGGUGGCCACAACAAAAGCAACAAACACAGAACAAGAAACGCAAAACAGAACAACGAUACCCCACCACCUACUCCAUUUGUUGUUUUUGUUGCUUCAGCAAUUUAUAUGCUGCCGGUUAUUUGUGUGUGCCGCCAAUGCGCAUGUGUGUGUGUGACAACCCCCGCGGCCAAAAGACAACAACGAAAAUAAAAUAAAAGUGAAAAGUCCAAUUCCUCAGCACCAUUAGGAAUUGUUAGUCCAGCACAUCAAUUAAUUAAGUCUCGAAAAGAAAAUAAAGAUAAAUAGUUAUCCACGAAUACCAAGUGAUCAAGGAAAAGUGCCAAGCUGCUGUGCUCUUCUUCUCGGGAAAGAAAGAGAACGGUAAAAGCUAAAAAAUGUGCUCCACACGUGUCGUCCCCGUCCUGCUCUCCCUCGUUACGCUAGCUUAUUGCAUCCAGGAUCUGAAUUUUCUCCCCGAAAUAUUCCCUGCCACUGCUGAACAGAUGGAUGUGCAGGCGAUCCAGCCCAAAAAAACUAAAAACAUUGUCUCCGAGGAUCUCAUGUACAAUUACCUCAUGCAGUUUGAUUAUCUGCCCAAGUCGGACCUGGAAACGGGCGCCCUGCGCUCCGAGAAGCAGCUGGUAGAUGCAAUCCGGAGUCUCCAGUCUUUUGGCAACAUUCCAGUUACGGGCCAAAUCGACUCGGCAACGGCCCGGCUAAUAAAGCGACCUCGAUGCGGCGUGGGCGACAAGCAGAACGCGUAUAGUUUCUCACCAGAUAAUCUGGAUCACGACGUCGGCGGCUUUAGAAGACGGGUGCGGCGCUACGCUCUGCAGGGAUCGAAGUGGUCGAAAACGGAUCUUACAUGGAGCCGGGUCAACCAGACGAUGCCCAAUGCCGACAAAAUCCGCGAGAAUGUGAAGCGAGCCCUGGGCGUUUGGGAGAACAACUCGAAGCUGACUUUCCGCGAGGUCUACAGUGACCAGGCCGACAUACAGAUACUCUUUGCACGGCUCGGCCAUGGCGAUGGCUAUAAAUUCGAUGGACCUGGUCAGGUGCUGGCCCACGCCUUCUAUCCCGGCGACGACCGAGGCGGAGAUGCCCACUUCGAUGCGGACGAGACCUGGAACUUCGAUGGCAAUUCCGAGGAUCAUCGCGGAACCAAUUUUCUGAGCGUGGCCAUGCACGAACUGGGUCAUUCGCUGGGUCUGAGCCAUUCCUCGAACGAGAGUGCGGUCAUGUUUCCCUGGUACCAGAACAUUGAGCUGGAUGGCAACCUGCCCGACGACGAUCGACUUGGCAUCCAGGAGUUGUACGGCUCGAAGGAGAAGACUUGGGGGCCCUACAGGCCUCGCACCACGCCCUCGACCACAACCACCACGACCACGACCAUGCGCCCGUUACGCUUUUACCCAGAGAAACCUGUCUACAGACCCCGGCAAAAUCCCACCAGUAAUCCCAAUAAGGAACGCGAUCGCGAAAGGGAGCGUCAGGAGCAGGAGCUGGAGCGGAGGCGUCAGGAUGAGGAGAACCGUCAGCGGCAGGAGUGGCAGGAGCAGGAGAAUCGUCGGCAGGAACAGGAGCGGAAGAUCCAUUGGGAGAGGAAGCAACAGCAGCUGGAGCGGGAGCGACAGGAGUGGGAUCGUCAGGAGAGGGAUCGUCAGGAGAGGGAGCGUAAGAUUCGAGAGCGAAAUAGGAUCCGCCAACCAGUAACUACCCGAACCAUAACCACCCCGAGACCCACUACCCGGCCAAAUCCCACUGGAGGACACAGGCACAACCACCUCAAGCCACGUCAACUCAAGCCGGACACCUGCAUGACCUACUACGAUGCCAUUUCGAUGAUUCGCGGCGAACUGUUCAUUUUCCGGGGACCGUACCUUUGGCGAAUCGGAAGCAAUGGCUUGUAUCCGGGUUAUCCCACGGAGACCAGAAGGCACUGGGCUGCUCUACCCGUAAACCUCACCAAGGUGGAUGCGGUAUAUGAAAAAAAGGGGCAGAUUGUGUUUUUCAUUGGUAGAGAGUAUUAUGUGUUCAACUCGGUGACUCUGGCUCCUGGCUACCCGAAACCACUGGCCAGCCUGGGUCUGCCGCCCAUUCUGACCCACAUAGACGCCUCCUUCGUUUGGGGCCACAACAAUCGGACCUACCUGACCAGCGGCACUCUCUACUGGCGCAUCGAUGAGUACACGGGUCAGGUGGAGCUGGAUUAUCCAAGGGACAUGAGCAUCUGGUCGGGAGUGGGCUACAACAUCGACGCGGCCUUCCAGUACACCGAUCGCAAGACGUACUUCUUCAAGAACCUGGGCUACUGGGAGUUCAACGACGACCGCAUGACAGUGGCCCACGCCAGGGCCAAAUUGUCGUCGCGGAAAUGGAUGCGGUGCGCCCGGAGUAUCAACGAGGUGGACGAUGAGCAACGAUGGACUGCGUCCUUGGUUUCGGGGGAGAACGAGGGCGAUGACAGCGAGGAGACGGGGAGGAGCGGAGCCCCCAAGCAGGCGAUCCGCCUCUUCCUGCUCCCGAUCCUCCUGUUCGCCGCCACCUUCUGGCGGAGUUAAGAUUGGAUGGAUGGUUUAGGCUAUGCGAUCUCUAGCAUUAAGAAACACGGUUCGCCUCGUAUUUAACAUAACGAAAAAGAUUUUUGUAAACUGCAAGUAAGGAAAUAUGAAGAUCUGUUCUGGCUUUAGUUUUCCCAAAAUUCUUUUCGAUAUGUAAACACUUAACAAUAGUAUUAAACUAUGUGCAAUCUGCUUAACUGCAAAAUUUAUUUUAGUUUAAAUGUAGGCCUAGUGAGCUUUACAAAUCCCAUUGAAAAUCCAGCUAUUUCUACUCGUCGAAAAUGUUUAAAAAUUGUAUAAACCAGAGCAGAUCUAUUAGUAUCUAUAUGGCAGAGCGCAACUGUGUGACAGUCUGGCACUGAAAUGCCCCCAAAGACGACACCGAGCGGCCUUUCCUUAGAUUUAACACAAAUAAAUCAACAACCAAGUGAGAGUCGCAGUUAGAUGAACGAAUCUAGGACUCGCCACUGGCUGAUUUUUUUCAUGGACACUUGCCAAUUGUGCACACUGGCGCCAUCUAUUGGACAGAUAGCAGGGCUGUUUUACCAGAUAUAUAUACCAUAUACAUAUAUAAGUAAUAUAUAAACGAUUAUACCAUAGCGAUUAGCAUAUUUGAAUGUGGGAAUAAAAAACGUUUUAAGUACAUACAGGUAGCAUCGAAAUUCCAAUGUCGAAAUUCGAAACCACAACUGCCUUAUAAAUAAGUAUAGUAUUGCUUUUUAUUAUACCAUAUACAUACAUAAGAUAAAUACACAAGAUUAUACCAUAACUAUUGGUAUAUUUAAGAGUGGGAAUAAAUAACAUUUUAAGUACAUACAGGUAGCGCCGAAAUUCCAAUGUUGAAAUUCGAAACCACAACUGCCUUAUAAAUAAGUAUAGCAUUGCUUUUAACUGUCAAGCAGAAGUUUACCGUCUGCUACGCAUUUCUUGUUUUGAUGACCAUUCUAAUUAUUUAUAUAUAAAUGUGAUAUUAUCAUAAAUUCAGCGCGAUUGUUAACGAAAGAUAAACUCAGCAAAAACAAACAUCUUAAACUUGAGUUAGUUUUUAGUUGAAUUUACAUAAGAUACUUAAGCUGCAAACUAUCUUUUUAUAUACAUUUUUACAGAAACGAAAUUAAAUAAAUAAAUAAAAAAAAAUUUCG